AUGGGGGUAACGACGAGAGGGAAGAAGAGGAAGGUUGGGCAGAGAGACGUGUGGGAUUUAAUCGUGAAGAACGAUGAUAUAAGUUUCAAACACAUUCUCCCGGGGUUGAAUCAAACGGAUUUGAAAUUCUUGUACGAAGUGAAUACGGAGACGAGAAAGUUGAUUAAGAGAUCGUCUUACAACAAGGGGGAGUUGCAAAAGGAGUUUAAAGUGAGAGAGAUGUCGUCGAUAUCGACUUUGGAAGUAGCGUGGGAGCAUUAUCCGUGGGGUAAGUUGGUAAGGCAGUACGGCCCAAGGAGGGACGAACCAUAUUUCUGCGAGAGAGUUGCUCUAACGAAUAAACUCGAGUUGCUCAAGUGGGCGCGAGAGGAGAAAAAGUGUGAGUGGGAUAGAAGGACGAUUCAUGCGGCCGCAUAUCAUGGUAAUCUGGAAAUGGUAAAGUAUUGCGUUGCAAAUGAGUGUCCUAUUGAUGAGAUGGCGUGUGCAUGUGCUGCCUUAGAAGGUCAUCUCGAGGUACUCAAAUACUUACGCGAAGAAGUCAAAGCGCCUUGGGAUUCGAGAACUGCCACUUUUGCGGCUAAAUAUGGUCAUCUUCACAUACUCGAAUAUCUUGUUGAGCGUAAGUUUGAUAAAUAUGACGCAUGUGCGUGUCGGUGGGCGGCCGAGUACGGCCACUUGGACUGUUUGAAGUACUUGCGCGAAACCGCCAAAGCGCCGUGGAACUAUUGGGCCGUAGAAGGAGCGCACGAGAACAACCACCUCGAAUGUUUACAAUACCUCCUCGACAACAACUGUCCAUUACCAUCGGGUUGGCGAUACGAAGGCGGCGAGUUACACACUCCAUAA